UUAAAUGUGACUGCUUUGUUGCUAGCUGCUGUUGGAUUCUAUAGAAAAGGUCUGAGCCAUCAGGGUUGCCUUCUGAAUUUGCUAAUGCUUGUAUGUGGUGUUAGUCUUUUGUAUUUAUGUUCUAUAUUAAAUUGUGUUGUGACUGCUACCUGGGGAUAUUCCUUCUGUUUUACCUUUUUUUUUAUGCUAUUUAUCUACUGUGUUGUACUUCCUGCAGAGCUUUUUUAUGGCUUGAAGAUGGCUUACUUCAUUAUUCUUUAUUUUUCUUUCUGAAUUAUCUCAUUUGUCAAGUUUAAGGAUGUAUUUAUUUUGAGGAUCUUCAGGGAGACAAACAAGUUGUUUUGCAUUGAUAGUUGUGAGGUAGUGCGCAAAAAGGUGCUCAAAAUAGGGGUUGAGACUGUGUUUGGAAACCUUUUAAAUCGUCUAUCUCUCUGCUGUGGGAGGAUGCCUAUUGACAGUAUUAGGCAACUGGAAGUAUCGGGAAUAAACUUGUUGUGACUUGUCAGAAUGCAUCGGAAAACGUAGCUUUUCAGUUUUCCCUGCUGCUUAUUUUACUGGUGACUCUGGACACAGAAAUUAAAGAUGUAUCAGAGCGCAGGAUACUUCUAAACUCUUCACCAGAAAGCAAAAAGGCACACCCAGUUGGUGCUUUCCAGGCUAAGACUCUGGAUUAGAACAAGUCAUUUUUGAUGGCCUGCUUGGAGUUUGAGAAAAGCAUUUCUGUUCCAGCCUCCUGCUUUGAGGGCUGCUGGUAGAGAAGGGCAAGAGGGAUCUGGUAGCAGAGACUUCAUAGCUUUGUGGCUGCAAAGCAAAAUAAAUUCCAUAGGUUAUACUAGUAGUAACUAUUACUGUUUUUUCCAGAGUUAAGGCAAUUUUAUCUUCUUACCAAGCACUGUCAUUUUUGCAGAAUAUGUUCCUUGGUGGCGGGGAGGAGAGAAAUAUUGGCCAAAGUUUUCAUCUCUCCUUGAUGUGUUAUAUUCUGUCUAAUUUCUGUAGUAUUUAUGAAGAGAAAGGAAUAAAAAUAAGACUAAUAAGAUGACAUAAAAAUUGGCAAGCUGUUUGGGUGUUUUUGUUUUGUUUUUUUUUUAGCUUUAUUCCUGUAUCAGGUAUAUCAGAAAUUAAUCAGUUGGGUUAUUCUACACUAAGUGUCAAAGUCUCUGCACUGUAGUUCAUCGAAACUAAAUGUUUGCCCCCUGGUUUUCUAAAUCUGAGGAUUUACAUGGCUUCAGCAAGCCCAGAUCUGUAGGUGGCUUUUCUGGUCACUCCUUUCUCAGUGGAAAAAUGUUUCUAACAAAAUAGCACACAACGACUGGGUGGGGAUGUCUCUGGGUGUGUUUCUGAGGAGGAAUUAUGUGAUCGCAGCCAUUUUUAUGUGGAUUUUUUUAGAAUAGAACAACUUGAGCUCUGUCAAGCUGAGGCUUGAGCAUGACGGAGAUGAUUUCAGGAUAUACCAGGAAGAAAGGUAGCCACGGAAAUGCUUGGUAUCAGUAAGGUAAAUUAUCUACCAGUAUUUGAGGAUGUAAUGGUGUGGCUAUCGCAUUAGGUACUGCACGAUGAGCUUGGGUGUGGUGUCAGAUUACUCACCAGGUAUUAAAACAAUCACAGACAUUUUUCUUUUAUGUAAACUCUGCAGGGGAAAAAAAACCCACGUUCGACUGUCUUCCUGUGAGUAAUAUAUAAAGUCACCUGAGAGAUAAAAAUGUCAGUUGUCCUUUUUCCUACCCCUUCCUCAGGAUAGGGGAAAAAGAAAGGCUUAGACCAGCUUAUUUGCCAGUUAGGGUGACAGUGAUUUGGAGCCUUCAGAAAGGGGAUGUGAGUGACGACAAGCCUUUCCUUCAAGCACAUUUGAUGAGUUCUGAAAUCACCUUGAUGAAUUAGUGUGGCUUUUGAGAAGUGGGAAUAGAAUCAGUCAUGUUGAUUUGACAGGCUGGUAUGUGAGCUGUCAUUACAGAAUCAAAAUUGACAGUAAGCCCCUGAAAAUCCAGUGACUGUGCUGUGCUAAAAAUAUAAAUACUUUGUUCCUGUUAGGUUUUGUAUGUUAAAGAAAAUAAUUUCCAGUGCAAUUAUGAAGGCUUCAGUUGUGCUAUUACAGGUGGCUUUGGCUUAUGGAUUUUGAGAAUUUUCUUUUUUUGAAUUGUUUGUCAUGCAGUUUUAGCUUACUGUCAUGGCUUUUAUUCCCAAAACAGUGAGUGGAUAAAUACAGGGGUAUGUAAAGGGAUGUUAACUGCAUGAAUGGUAAGACUGACUGUUUCAAUGCCUGGUUUUCCCUUCCUGUGCCUUCUCAUAUAUUUAGGUAGCUGCUGUUUAAUCAGGGCCUUAAACAAUGCAAGACAGAGAAUGUAAAUGAUCAAGUCAUACAAAUAUUGCCUGUAUAAGGCUUGCUUGUCACCCUGGCGUGGUCUGCAGCAAUAGAGGUGUGAUUGGCAGCUAAGUGCAUCUGUUCCAUUUUAGUACUCUAAUAGAAGGAAAUUUUUAAGAUGGAGACAGGUAGAUUUCUGUGUAGUCCAGGCGUGCAUUAACUGUCAAAGGUGAUCAGAUUUACUCUCAAGGUACAGGUAAUAGUGCCAUCAGGAUGUGUGGAGACUCAGACACUUGUACUCACCCCAGUCUGCGAUGGUUUGCCUGUUAAAAGUGCUUGGUGGGCUGUGACCACUUCAAGAAGGAGAUAUUAAUGGAAAUAAAACCACCCAACUGAAGUACAAAGAUGCUUGACUGCACAUUGUUUUCUUUGAGUAUCUUCCAGACCUUAGUCUUCCAUGAGUGAGGUCUAAUCUUCUGUGAAUAUAAGGUUCACUAACAGAAGUUAGCUCUUUGCUUUUUAAAAGGUACAUGAGUUCAGGACACUGUGGAGAACUGUAUACUUUCUACUAGUAGAACUCUGGCAGUCGAGUCUGGGAGAUGGAGUCCUAUCUGUUUUUUAUUUCAUGUCAUUCUGGGUGUUGAUACUGCUAUAUUAUAGUUGUAAUGUGUCUCCAGAGAUGAACAUAUCUUUUAAAACUUAGCAUUGUAAACUGAGAAGGAGAAAAUUGUUCUUUGUGGUCUGCUCCACUUAGAACAGGUUUCAUGCGUUGUAAGCGGUAAAUAAGAGGACUUGCUUUGAAAAGACAAAAUUACACGUCUGGAGUAGAACUGUGUUUACAGGGCCAGAGCAGCAAAAUUUGUCAAGUUGACAGUGGAUUUUUGAUAGGUAACUUCCCAGGAUUAUAAUAUUUUGCCCUCUUGCUUGGAUGAUUUUCAAGUUUUGUAACUUUAAACUUUUUAUAACUAGGAUUAUAAUUCCAAAACCUAUUAAGAGGCAGCAAGAUACAUCUUUUUUUUUUUUCUAUUUGAAUUCAAGCUCUUGCCAAAAGUAAUUAUAACUUUAGCUAAUUACUGAUCAGAGGGUCAGUGGGAUGUUGGAGGUUUGGAUUUUUUUUCUAAUAUACAACUGUCUCACAUUGUUUUGUAUUAAAAAAACCCCCACGUAGCUUUCAUUUUUGUGGUUAAGCUCUGCAAUGUUUGUUAUUGGUUAAGAGUAGGUGUUCAAUGGAAACCCUGAGACUUGAGCCUUUUGUUUCCACUCACUAAAACCACGAGUACUGUUUUUAAUGAUCCUGUAAAGCUGUAAAGAAGAGAUGCUAUUUUUAUAAAUCUGGAAGCUGAGACUAAUACCAAUGCAGCAAAAUAUUUAAAGUGUGUGGGUUUUAUGUUUUGGGGUGGGUUUUUUUGGUUAUAAUUGAAGGUUACAUGAAAAGUCUCAUUCAAAAGGAGUACCUUGCCCCAGGCUAUUUCUGGCCACUGGAACUGCUCUUUUUAGCAGUGCUACAAAUUGAAUCACCGGGUGCCAGUAGCAUUUAGAGCAAAUGAGGCUCAAUUACAUUCUGAGUCAGAAGCACCUGAAUUAACCUGCUUUUCAGCAACGGUUGGGUGAUCUCUCCUACUGAUAUUUAAAGACUUUAAGCCCUGUGCGAAUGGUAAUUUAACACUACUUAAAAGCGAUGAGUGAUGGGCAGGUUUGUCCUUGACAAAAAGCGUUUGGAUUUUUACAAGGAAACUAUACUCAGGUGUGGAGAAAAUGUUGAAUAGUAUGUUGAGUAGCUAAUUUUUAUUAUUUUUAAAUGCAACUGUUAUGUCAGAGCUGAAACUCUCCAGGCUCUGUGCCAUUUCUGCAACAAGCUGCCUCUUAACCUUGGGUGACUCCAGAGCUUUAGUGCAGACUAGGUUACAUUAUUAAAAUACAAUUGCAGCCUCUGUCAUGGAAACAAGCAGAAUAGUCACCUGUGAAACUUAGGUUCUUUAUCUUACUAUUCCUACUAUUAUUACCAGUGAAGCUACUGCAGGGCUAGCCAAAGGAGGUUAUCUGGCUUAGUUUGGUAACUGUAAGCUAUUUUUGUUAUCAGCUGUUGUAGCACUUACAUGUUUGCUUCUAGGUUUGCAACUCUGGUUCUAGGAGCAGUAACAAAACUUGAAUUUCUGGACUGCUACAGGAUUCUUUCAUCUACUUUAGAUAGCGCUUUGCUCAGUACUGUAACCAGGAUGAGCUGAAAGGAGGGGUUUGACUGUAUUUGUGUGACUUGCAUGGUAAAUAAACGAUGGUUGGAUCUAGCUGUGAAGCAUUCUUUUUGAAACAGAAGAUUUUUAGGUGGAUUUAGUAUAAAGGAACAAUUCCACGGGUUAUCACUUGAGUUCCGUAUUCCAUUUCACCUAUUCUCAUUAUGCCUCAUUGUUAGGAUUGCUUUAUAGUGUUUAAAUGUGUCGUUAAAACUUAGCCAGUGCUUUAGAGAUGGCUUCAAUUAACGAAGACAUCUAAAAAUCUGUGCUAAAAUAAGCUGUUUAUGAAAUUACUCCUAAAAACUUGAUAAACCUGUGAUGCUAAAAGAAACUGUCUUGACGUUCUCAUAUUCUGUUCUCCCCCCUUUCCCUUAUGUUUCCAGUACUGCUUGACCAUUUAACAGAUCUGGAGCAGCUUUUGAAGCCUGUUAGAAGCUAAUGUGUUCUCCUAGUGGAGACGAGAUGUGUUGGAUUUAGAGCUGGCAGGAGAGCACUGGGGAGAAGGUAGUGCUGCCUCGUGGAGCCGUGCAUGAAACUGCACUGAAAAUACCAAAUAGGUGAUAUUUUGUUAUCUGUCUUCAUUAGGGGUAGAAUUAAAACAUAAAUCUGGAUGGUUUAGUCCUCACAAGGAUAAGGUGCUUAACCCAUAUUAGCUUGUGGGAAGCAAUGCAGGUUAUUAUUUGCUGUUGCAGUGGGGAUGAGAUUCUGCUGCUGCAGUGUUAAAUCUUGUCUGUAGUAUCCUGCUUGUAGGUAGUGGCUGUCAUUUGCUCUUCAGUUACAAUUUGUGUGUUUUCACUCAUCUUUUGACAAUUCUCAUUUUAGUUAUAGACAGGACUGGUGCAGGUAGACUUAAGCUGUGAUCUGGAAGAGAAAUGGGGAAAACGUGGAUUAUCUGCUGUUAGCAACCCCUAAGUCUGCUUACUUCCACGCUUUGGAAGGGUUUGUUAGGGCUGCAACAUUGUGGUAACAGAGCAGUGUUCUGACAACUGUGUUCAAAUGUGCAUCUUUUCUCUGAAGUUGAUGGUACCUUAUGGUUUCUUACUAAUGUAGAAAUGAUAUUGUGUGGUUGACUGAACAGGUGCCUGAAGUAGAGAAGCUGAAUUCUUGAAGCUGAUAUAGUAUAAUAAUUCUUUGAGAGGAGGAUUCAACAGUGUAUAGAACAUAAUAAGGCUCAGGAGGUGAAAAAAUGUCAUUGUGAACUCCUGCUGUGAUGAAAUGAAUGUGCCAGCAAAGUGUGUGCUGCAUUACCUCUUGAAAUAACAUCACAGUAGUCUAGAGAUUGUUUUGUAUACAACAUAUAACAACCUUUCUUGUGAUAAUAAUAUGCUUAAAAUGAAUUAAUUAUUAAAAAACAGGCAGACAAGAAACUACAUUGGUAGUUUUGUUUAAAAAAAUAAUUAGUUGUUUUCACUGCUCUUGGAUGACUUUGCUUUUAUUAAAAGAUCUUUUUGACGUUUAAGUGCAGUCUUCCAAAAUAAAUUGCUUUGAAAGUAAAUAGAAUAACUGAAGCUUUAUUAGAGACUCCUGUUAUGUAAACAAUUGUUAACAUGAAGCUGUUUGACAUCUAUUUUUACAAUGGGGGCAGCAUCUAUGAAGUGUUGAGAAAAAACACCUUCAAAUCAAAGAAAUAAAAAGAGGGAGACCCACUAAAGAGGAGGUGAGGAAGCAGACCCUUAAAAUGUUUGAUUUCUGAAUACCUGGAAACUUCUGUGUAAAAUGGAAUUUUACGUUUUGAUUUGACUUUCGAAGACUCAUUGAAAUAGAAGGCUCCUCUUUCCUACACUUGGCAGCAGCAGGUAUUCACUUAAUAUUGCUCUUACUGUAUAUUUCAGCGUGUCCUUACUAUUGCACCUGGAAUUUUGAAUAUAUGAGCUUUGCAGGUUAUUUUAUCUUCUUUUGUUUGAAAACAAAAAUUUUGGGGAGGGUAAAUAGUGUAAUGCUAACUGUUGAACAUAAAAGAAUUGAGGUGGGAGGGACUUAAAACUGUUACUCGAUUCUAGUCCUGUAAGUCCAUCAAACGUAUUUUCAGUAAUACUGUCACAGUACACCACAAAAAUAUGCAUGUGUGCACACGCAAAGCAGCUAGAAAGAUGUGACUUCUGCAAUUUUUGUUUGGUUUUUUGUUUGUUAUUCAGUGGGAGUGGUUUUUAUGGAAGUUUGCUGGGGUGAGGUGAAUUCUUAAAGGUUGUAUUGCAGGUUGGAGGCUGAGGAGUGGUUUUGGACAACUUUGGACCGGUGUAUCCAGCCGGACUUUAAUUCUCCCCUCUGCUGUUUCAUUGUUUCACAUUGCAAUGAUAAUGUUUUUGUAGCUGUAGUGUGUGUCAUUGACAUAAAAGAAAAAUUACAGCUGCUGAAUCAAGCUGGGAGAGAAGCUCUUACUGGAUAGUGGGUGGCAAGCAACAAUUUCUCAUUUUUUGUUAAGUCAGAGUUUUUAAUGCAUUCUCUUCCAUUGAGUUGGGAUGGGUCUUAACUGAAUGAUUCAUGUAUACUUCUCUCAGUUGAAGAAAUUAUAAACGUAUUGCAGUGGCAACAAGAUGAUCUCCCCUUCUUUCCUGAAUUUGCUUCUCAUCUACCAGAUGCCUAGAGUAGUAGUCAGGUAACUGUAGAUUAUUCCUCCAUGAAAAAGAAUGAUACUGGCCUUUAGUGAUUUUGAUUUUUUCAUAUGGUUUCUCAUUAGGAGAUACCAAUCCUAACUGGUGCUGUGAUACUUUCGAUACUUCAGAUCACUAAAAUGUAAAAAGUGUUGCUUUGUUCUUUCAUCUGUGCCUAUGCAGCUGAAGUGUUUGCAGUCUUCAGAAUGCUACCCACUUCCCAUUGCUUUCCCUUCUUGAAGAUUACUACUUACAUUUUUAUUUUAGGUGGGCUGGUUUUGUUGCUUUGUUUCAGUUAAAACGAGGUCCUCGUGUAAUUGUUGUCCACCCACAUUUCUGCUUACCUGUGUUUAUUGAAGACCUAUGUUUAAAACUGCUAGCUUUAACUGUUUGCAUAGUUCUUCCCCAGUUAAUCUGGAAUAUUUUAGAAAGGAAUGAAUAAGGAAGAAUAGUGACUUCUCUAGCUGACACCAAGAGGGAAUGUGUGUCUGUAUCCUUGAAUCUGAAGAUUUCUACAAGCUUGUCCUGUUUCUCUUUACUGUGGUUUCUUAAAUGGGUGAUCUUACGGCAAGCACUAGUACAUCUGGAAGUUGUGGUGGCUGGUUUUUAAGCCAAACAAACAAAACUUCUUGCAUUAUAGGCUUUUGUAUAAACUCUGAAAAGCUGUCUAGAGGAGACUUGUUACAUAAACUUUAACCUGUUUUUUCUGAUCUUCUGAUAUGCGAAAGGAAUUGUCCUCUCUUUAACUUCCCCAAUUACUUGGAAAAGGCCUCAGACUCAAUGUUGUGGCAAUUCUUGUGGUUAUUUGGGUGUUCAGAAAGCAAAAUGUAUGUGCUUCUGGGAAAAGCAUUUCUUGCCUCCCUGAGAACAGGACUGACUGAAAUUUGACCAGUUGAACCAAAAGCUGAAAACUAUUGUGGCUCUUUUAAGUGCCUUCUGCCUUUCUUUUGUUAAUCUGUUUGGUUCUUCCUUGAUUUUUUUAAUCCUGGUUUAAUUGUUGUGUUACUGUAAUAGUCAUUUGCAUUGACAAAUGCAACAACUCUUUGAAAGGAAAGGAGCAUGUUCUAGACAUGCGUGUCUGCUGUGAACUCCCUAGUCUUAAUCAUCGAUGGGCUUGGGAGUCCUUAUGAUUGGUAGAAAAAAUUUCCUAGGUAAUAGAUCACAAAACCACUUACUAUUGAACACUUCCCCUUUCUUCUAAAUAAGCUGUAAUGGAUGUAUAGUAUCAACCAGAAAUUACAAAGUUAGUCGUGUAUAUCUUCCCCAAAAAUUUACUGUUUGAGCCAUGUGCAGGUUGUAUGUUUUGGGUGGUAUGAGCAGGGAGGUUUGAGCUUCCUUUACAUACAUAGUGUCUUUUCAUUACUCUAAUGGUGUAUGAUUAGUGAUUGAACGUUGAGUGAGAAUAAAAGGUCAAGAAAAUGAUAUAAUAGAUUUCAUACCAUGUUUUUUUUUUUUUCCUGUGAGAUGCUAGAUAAAUAUAACUUUAUUCAACACUUUUCCAUUCUGUAGUAAGAUACUAGCUCUCGCUCACAGGAUGUUGUGAAGCUUAAAUCAUUGUAAAUUGCUGCUAGAUCCUCUGUUGGGAGGUAGUGUGGUGGAGUUGUGAUGUAGGUGUCUUGGGGUUUUUUUGUUUGUUUGUUUCCCUUGUGGUGUUACAAGUCAGGAAGUUUCAAAUGAAGGAUAACAUCUUGUCCUUAAUUGGCCCCAUAUUCCUAAGGUAAUUUACAGGCUACCAAAUUAGAGACUUUUGCAUGAAAGUAGAUAACUUCUUCUUUUGUUUUCACAGUCCAACAUUACUGUGGAUAAAAGAAAGCAAAUCUUGAAAGUGAUUUAACUGAGCUUCAGUGAGUUUGGAGCAGAAUUUUUAUGAUCCUGAUUUUUCUCUCUUUGUGUUUUUUUUCGAGAGUCACUUUUCCAUCUGAGGGGAAUGUGUGUCUGUAUCCUUGAAUCUGAAGAUUUCUACAAGCUUGUCCUGUUUCUCUUUACUGUGGCUUCUCAAAUGGGUAAUCUUACGGCAAGCACUAGUACAUCUGGAAGUUGUGGCAUUUGGUUCGUUGGUUUUUAAGCCAAACAAACAAAACUUCUUGCAAUAUAGGCUUUUGUAUACAUUCUGAAAAUAUUAUACAGUCACUGCAGCCCAUUGGUGUUUAUGUAGCUUUAAAAAAAGGGUGGGAAUGUGUGUUACACACAGGCUUUCAGGAUUUGCUGUUGGGUGGAAAAGUCUGUUGUUGCAGAGCCGUGUGUUGCGAGCAGGCGUGCGGCGGCGCGGGGAAGGAAUGAGGAAGCGGAGCGCUUGCCGUCAGUUGACAGGGUACAGCCAAGUUUCGGCCACCAAACAGGAGGAGAGAAAGAAUCUCAAUCUAGCAGAAAUACUAUUCGGGGCUUAUCGUAUUAGUGUUGUUCAUGGAACUCCCUGGGUGGAGGUUAUGUUUCACACUAUGUGCUGACUGUCUGUACUUACAGAAGAUAUUUAAAAGCAAACAGACUUUUUUUUUUUUCCGAAGAUUUUGAUUCCAGUGGAAUCUGCGCUUUAGAUUUUUGUCUUGUCAAUUUACUCCUGAAGCAAUGCCUGUACAAGCUCCACAAUGGACGGAUUUUCUCUCCUGCCCAAUUUGCACACAGACUUUCGACGAAACGAUUCGGAAGCCCAUCAGCUUGGGUUGCGGACACACUGUCUGCAAGAUGUGCCUCAACAAGCUCCACCGUAAGGCAUGUCCCUUUGACCAGACCACUAUCAACACAGACAUUGACCUCCUGCCUGUGAACUCAGCCUUGCUGCAACUAGUGGGUGCUCAGGUUCCUGAGCAGCAGCCAAUUACUUUAUGUAGUGGAGCUGAAGACACCAAGCAUUAUGAGGAGGGCAAGAAGUGUGUGGAAGAAUUAGCAUUGUACCUCAAACCACUGAGCAGCGCAAGAGGUGUGGGUCUUAACAGUACUACUCAGAGCGUGCUAAGUCGUCCUAUGCAAAGGAAACUUGUGACGUUAGUUCACUGCCAGCUAGUGGAGGAAGAAGGGCGGAUCAGAGCCAUGCGUGCAGCGCGGUCACUCGGUGAAAGAACAGUCACAGAGCUCAUCCUUCAGCAUCAAAAUCCUCAGCAGCUCUCCUCCAACCUCUGGGCUGCAGUGAGAGCCAGAGGAUGCCAGUUCCUCGGACCAGCAAUGCAAGAGGAGGCUUUAAAGCUUGUUCUGCUGGCUCUGGAAGAUGGAUCUGCUUUAUCUCGGAAGGUCUUGGUUCUCUUUGUGGUUCAGAGGCUGGAGCCGCGAUUUCCUCAGGCUUCUAAGACAAGCAUUGGGCACGUUGUCCAGCUUCUUUACAGAGCCUCGUGCUUCAAGGUGACAAAGCGAGAUGAGGAUUCCUCCCUGAUGCAACUGAAGGAGGAAUUUCGCACUUACGAAGCUCUGAGAAGGGAACAUGAUUCCCAGAUAGUUCAAAUUGCUAUGGAAGCAGGUCUACGCAUUGCACCAGAUCAGUGGUCCUCACUGUUAUAUGGAGACCAAUCUCACAAAUCCCACAUGCAGUCUAUCAUUGACAAGUUGCAGACCCCAGCCUCGUUUGCACAGAGUGUUCAGGAAUUAACUAUUGCUCUUCAGAGGACUGGAGAUCCAGCUAACCUGAAUCGUCUUCGACCACACCUAGAGCUCCUGGCAAAUAUUGAUCCCAGUCCAGAUGCCCCACCUCCAACAUGGGAACAACUGGAAAAUGGACUAGUUGCUGUGAGGACUGUGGUUCAUGGCUUAGUCGACUAUAUCCAGAAUCACAGCAAAAAAGGAACAGAUCAGCAGCAGCCUCCUCAGCACAGCAAGUACAAGACAUACAUGUGCCGAGACAUGAAACAGCGAGGAGGAUGCCCCCGAGGCGCCAGUUGCACCUUCGCACAUUCGCAGGAGGAGCUGGAAAAAUUCCGUAAAAUGAACAAGCGUCUGGUUCCCAGAAGACCCCUGAGCGCAUCCCUGGGCCAGCUGAACGAGGUGGGCCUGCCUUCAGGAGCUAUCCUCUCGGAGGAAGGGGGAGUGGACUUGCCCAGUAGGAAAACUCCUGCUCUGCCAAAUGGAAUUGUGUCAACAGGCAGCACGGUGACGCAACUUAUUUCUCGAGGGACUGACUCCAGUUAUGAAACAGCUCUGAAGCCGGGGAAGAUGGACCAUCUGAGUAGCAGUGCCCCUGGAUCCCCCCCUGACUUGCUGGAAUCUGUCCCCAAGAGCUCUAUUUCUGCCUUACCGGUCAACCCUCAUCCUGUGCCCGCUCGGGCCCCAGCAGAUCUGCCUUCAGUGUCUGUCGCCAAGCAGCUGCACAUGGUACCCCGAGGGUCUCAGCUGUAUAACACUCCGCAAGCAGAUAUGUUUUAUCAAGAUCCUAGAGGAGCUGCCCCACCAUUUGAGCCAGCGCCCUACCAACAAGGAGUUUACUAUCCCACUCAGUCCAUGUCUCGCUUUGUCCGACCUCCUCCAUCAGCUCCUGAACCUGGGCCACCUUAUUUAGACCAUUACCCGCCCUACCUUCAGGAUCGCGUGGUGAGCCCCCAGUACACACAGCCGCAGCAGUACCCUCCUAUGGGACAGCCCAUAUAUCCACCGCACUACGACAGCCGUCGCGUGUAUCCCCCGGUCCAGCCGUAUCAGCGAGAGGAGAUGGUGCGAGGAAGCCCAGUGCCCAUUGAGAUACCGCCAGUGGCCGUACCUCCCUACGUACCUGAAUCCAGAGACAGAUACCAGCAAACAGAGGGGUAUUGCCCAGUGGCGCCGCAUCUUGGUCAGAUCAGACCUUCAUGCCACAGGCCUCAUCCCAGCCUGGAUGAACUUCACCGACGAAGGAAAGAGAUCAUGGCCCAGCUAGAAGAGAGGAAAGUGAUUUCUCCACCUCCUUUUGCACCGUCACCAACUUUGCCUCACCCCUUUCAUUCAGAGGAGAUUUUUGUUUUUGUACAGUACUUGGAUGAAGACCUGAAGGUAGCUGGGAAAUACAAAGGAAACGACUAUAGCCAGUACUCUCCCUGGUCCUGUGACACCAUCGGCUCCUAUAUUGGAACCAAAGAUGCAAAACCCAAAGAUGUCGUGGCAGCAAGGAGUGUGGAGAUGGCGAAUGUGGAGAGUAAAGCCAUGCGUGACCAGCGAUUAGACAUGCAGAGGAGAGCGGCAGAGACUGGUGACGAUGACCUCAUUCCGUUUGGAGACCGGCCAACUGUGUCGAGAUUUGGGGCCAUCUCUCGUACUUCCAAAGCGAUGUACCAGAAUUCGGGUCCCAUGCCGGCCAUGGCGGUUCAGGGAGCUACCACCAAAUCGAUCAUUUCAGACUACAAUCCUUAUGGAACUCACAGUGGCUGGGGAGGCUCUCCAUAUUCUCCUCAUCAAAAUAUACCUUCUCAGGGACGUUUCAAUGACAGGGAGAGACUGUCCAUGUCAGAUGUGGCUGGUCAUGGGAAACAGUUGCCCUCAGCUGAACGAGAGCAGCAGCUGCGCAUGGAGCUGCAGCAAGUAGACCAUCAGAUUAGCCAGCAGACACAAAUGCGAGGCCUAGAGGCUGUUAGUAACAGGCUGCUGUUGCAGAGGGAGGCGACUACCCUGGCAGGCCAACCACAGCCCCCAGCCCCACCUCCCAAGUGGCCUGGGAUGAUCUCAAGUGAGCAGCUGAGCUUGGAGCUACACCAGGUGGAAAGGGAAAUUGGGAAGAGAACCCGGGAGCUGAGCAUGGAGAGUCAGUCUUCACUGGAUAUAAAAAACAAACUGGGCACCACUAAACAGACAGAAAAUGGACAGUUAGAGCCGCAAAGCAAGGCUCCAGCUGAGGACCUCGCACUGACAUUCAGCAGCGACGUUCCGAACGGAUCACCCUUGACACAGGAGAACAUUGGCCUCCUGUCCAACAAGACAGCAUCUCUCAGCCUGUCGGAGGACCCGGAGGGAGGAGGAGACAACCAGGACUCCCAGAGAGCGGGAGUUUCGCCCACGUCUGCUCCAUGAAGUGAGGCCAGCGUACCCCAGAGUUCCGUUUUGCUGGGGUCUCGGUAGCUUCCGUCACGUUUUUUUUCCAAGGGCGAUCGGAGAAACCCAGGAGCAACAGCAGUAGCAGAGCAGCAGGUCCAGAGGCAAUGUGCACAAACACAACUACUAGAAACAAAUCCUGCACAUAGUUCACAUUAACGCAUUUUUUAAUUAAAAAAAAAUAUGAAAAUUAGCAGUAUCUGCAAGCGAUUCAAAUUAAAUUUGUUUUUGUUCUGUGAAUGAACUUUAUUUUAAUAACUUUGGACGCCUUGGAUCCCAGGGCUUAAAAAAAAAAAGAUAUUAUAUAUAUAUACUCUGUUUGAUUAAUUGUAUGAUCUUAAUGAAGUAGGUUUUUCUUUUAUUUUGGUAUUAUUACAUACCCAGUGCAUACUUCCCUAUCAUCUUAAUUUUUCAAUGGCUAAAACAAUGUGGUCACUUCCUUAAAUGGUUUAAAGGUAAACAAGGAAUGGGGGUUGGAGAGUAGCUGUGAAUUACGGUGUCAAAAGAUGUGCAGCAAACUUCAUUCUUAAGACAGUUGUUCCCAUCAUAGCUAAGAACUGAACCCUAUCUUGUGUGAGACUGUUUGCAUAAACUAUUUAAGUUUAAACUACAAGUGACAGAAUCUUUGCGAUGCAACAGGUGCAGUCCUUUGUAUAUGUCCCAGCACAGCAUAUGUAAUUAAAGAGCAUAAGAAAUUAAGUGUCCAACAUAUAUUAUUUUAAGGUUGCUGGCCUUUAUUUGCGGUUGGCACUGGAGAGGUCAGCAGAAUGCAGACCCAUCUGCUACAGCACAGGUAUUUUACCUGGGGAUUGUGCUAGAGAAGCCUAACGAACCACUGAAGGUUGUGCAGCCCUGACUGAGGCAGAAUCUCUAACCUUAUGUUCCCUCUGCUUCCUGUUUCUAUGCAGUUGCUGGAAGGAUGUUAACUGCUGAUGAGCUGGCAAACCAUGUUCAUUUAUCUUGCAUUUGCUGGGGUUUCUUUCCCCUUCUCACUUUGCCUUUAAAACACGUGCACCCAGACUCCACGCAAUACCUUGAUGCAGAGGGACUUGCCUUUUGAAACAGGUCUUUCAUGGAGGCCUCCUUCUCAGCAACUAUUACCCUUUUCUUCCUUGCUAUUUUAUUGUUAAAAACAUAGUAACUUCCUCUAUAACUUGAUUUUUUUGUUUCAUUUUGUUUUGUUCAGUGAUACAUGUUGUUUAACUGUAAUGAUGUUGUAAGGACCUUUCACUGAAGGAGAGCAACGCAAGAAUCUUUGAUUCUUGUGCGUCAGUGAUGUCAAUUCGAAAAAUAGAGGCGAAUUUUUAUUUCUCUUAUAAAGUUGGCAUUGUUUAAGGUCUGUAUUAGAAUUUGACACCUGAGAAUCAAUCUGCAGCUUGUCUGCCUUCCUUCCUAGAUUCCCCUUGUGUUGGGGAAAAGUUGCAUCAAAAGGAUCACUUCAGGUACAGCAAGGACCCUGUCAGAAAAACAAAUCUUGCUUGAUAGAGAGCUAGUGUGCUACUUCUCCAGGCAGAUGCUUUGUAAGCGUAAGUUGGAGAAGCUGUAAGCCUUUCUACAUGUUUUCUAUCAAAGUUAAAGAAAUAGGUUUAAUCCUUGCUGCACAUUUUUUGGCUAUUUUGACACACACUGGGGUGAGACCCUGUACACAAAGAACUCUGUGGAGAAUGAUUUUUCAAGUGCUGCUCGCUCCUUCUUGGCCUGUUCUCAUUUGUUUUUCCUUUCUGAGUUCGACUACUAAAUCGGAAAGCACUGGUUAUGUAAUAAAUUACUGCAUUGCUUUGGUUGGGUAAAGCAAGAGUUAAUAAAUUUUCUUGGUUUUUAGUUUUUUCCUUAACCUUAACUCCUGCUGAGGUCAUAGCAACCUUGGGCUAAGCUUUGCAUUCAUCAUACUGUUAAAUAAAACAAAAUGGGGGGUGGGAGGGGAUACAGUCCCACUAUUGCCUACCAGUAGGAGAGUCCAAACAGAAGACUCUUUUGAGUAGCAAUUAUUUAAUUUGCCCAGUCAAGGCACCGCGUUUAUAUACUAUUUCACAUUGAAUUUGAUUAUGCCCUACAGACCUGGCUGGUCAAGGAUUUGAUACACAUAUUGGCUUGGGAUUCGAGCUUUCUUUUUUAUUUAAAUAAAAAUUUAUAUAUAAAUAUAUAUAUACAUAUAUACAUAGUUAUAUCUGUAUAUAUAUUGGGUAUGUUUUAAGAAUUUUUUCGCAUGAGCGCAGCUGUUGUGAUCAAAUGUCUGGGAGGUAGAAGCACUGAACAAAAAUAAAGGCAUUUUUCAGCACACACGCCCAUACUUUCCAUAUGUCUUCACAGGGGUUUAUUUUGCUCUUAGUUGAACUUUGGCCUCUUAAUUGCCUAAAGUAGUUUUGAAGCUUGCUCUCUUUUUUUAACCCUUCUUAACUUUUGGCAAAGAAUCAUCUUUGCAGUAGAACAGCUUCAUCUCCACCUUGUCCCCAUCCAUCCAUAUCUCCUACUCGAGGCCUCGCAUUGCAGCCGCUCCCCGUUGAGCCAAGCACAACUAGGCUGGGUUUUGAGCCUGUCAGGUCUGUUCCUCCCUUCUCUGCUCUGGAAAUGAUGAUGAACCUGCUCACAAGUCAACCAACACGGGCACUGUGCCCUGUUCUCCCAUCCUUUAGUGCAGAGCACCACUGUCAGGUCAGCCUUCUCCUUGCUUUUAAUUAGUUUUACUUCUUCCUACUGUGUCUUUAUUAACACAGGGAGCUCAUUUUAGUUGAGAUAAUUAGUGCAAUAUUCUAAUUUAGGAGGACAAGCCCAGAAUGUACCCUUUUUUUUGGCUGCAGUAAUUCUUGAUGUAAAAUUUUUGGAAGACGGUUAUGAUCUGUUUUGAACCUACAGAUUUGUUUUCAACACUAGGAAGAAAAUCUGGAUGGGGAAAAAAACUUGUUACCUUUUAUUAUGUGUGCCAGCUGGUUUCCUUGCCAGGUUAAGGAUUAGUUUUUCCUCCACUUUUGCUCCUGGAAGGAAUUCUGCAGUAAGAACUUUUCAGGUUGCUGGCCUGCAUAUGGUGAAUUCUUCCAAAACCUGUGGAUUAGAAGGGAGACCUUACUGUUGGGGUUUUUUCUCCAUUAUCCAGCUCUCCAUGCUGUACUUUGUGCAUAGUGUCCUUGUUGUGAUCGGUGUCACCAGGUGAAUGCCCUGUUUGCCCAGUAUUAUAGUUUGGCUUCUCAAAUAGUUCGUUUAAUAUCCACCAACAAUAUUGAUUUUUUUUUUGGCUUUUUUUUCCCCUCCUCUUCUUGUCCGUUUUCUGUUUGGUCUUUUUUUUUUGCAGGAGUUUAGUUGAUGAAACAAGUCAAACAGCAAAAUUCAGUGCAUGCUUUUAAGUCUUUCUGGAAGCUGCACCUAAAAUUUUCCCUCUUUGUGGAAAAACGUCCUAGUAGAACAGAUAGUUCUACAUAUAAAAGAACCAUUAAUGGUUACAGCAAAUAACCAGGGAAUGAAAAUUAAUGGAGUAAUUCUCUAUCCUCCUACAUUCAUUUUUGUAGUCCAUCUUUAUCCCACUUGUACAGGAAUGCCGUCCACCUCCGUGAAACCAGUCUACGCUAGCAAGUAGUUUCUUCUGCUGGGGCAAGAAGAAAACAGUAUUACAAUGGUGUUAGGGCACUACUACAUCAUUUGGUAGGUAGGUUCCAUUUUCUACUGCAGUAAGCAACUUUGAACCCUUAUUGGUACCUGGGUUUCAGCCCCAGCACAGACAGACCCUCCAGAAUAGGAAGCUUCAAGUGUUAGGUUAAGCUGUAGUAUGUCAAGCAGAGAUUCAGUCAGUGUAGAAAUGAUGUUUGUUUAUUCUGGAGUGUUAUUUUCCUUCUCCUUCUGUCAACAUCUCUUCUUCCUUUCCUGUGACCUAGUUCUCUUAAUAGGAGAAACUUAACCUUUUCUUUUGCCCCUCAUGUAUUCUAUUGUAUCCUGUCCCAUUUUAGAGUAUACUUUUUAGAAUUUAGAUUCAGAGCACUUUUCAGACUCGCAGCACUGUUAUCCCCUUUCUUAAAUUCUUUGUGUAGUUUCUUCCGAGCUGUAUUCUCUCCCUUCUGUCCAUCCCUUCCUUCCUUUCCUUCUGUGGUUUGCCCCUUCACCCUCCCUGAUUGUGUAACAGUGACAGCUUGCUGCCUCAAAACAGAGCAUUCAAAUGAAUUCGCUUAGCCAAUAACUUCUGUGAAGUUGCCUUUUCUAAUGGUGUUAUUACUCAGUGAUGCACAAACGUGAUAUUGCCCCUACUGGUAGGCAAACGGGGGAUCUGUAUAAACAUGGUAAACUGCUGUUUUUCUUUAAAGGAGAGCCAAAGACUUGUGCUUUACACUUUUUUUUUUUUCCUGGUGUAGCCGUUUCAAUUGUCAAAUCUUUGUAGGAUUUUGUGAGUUGACUGUAUUAUCCUAAUAACAAUUUGCAAAAGUUAAUGAUUGUCAAGCCUUAUCCGUGCAUUGAAUUGUGGAAAAUCAUUCCAUUUAGUUGUACAAUUUGCAAUGUAUCUGGAGUAUUCAAACAUGUUUUCAGUCUCUCAUGCAUUCUCUCAGCUGCCGGAAUGGCUCAUAUAGAAAGGGAGAAGGAAUGUAGAAAUUUUAUAUAAUCAAAGAAGCCUUGUCUUUAAGUGUUUAAAAUGAAUACCCAUUUACAAUUUCUUCAGUUACAGUGAAAGAUAAAUCUGUGUUGCAAAUGUGACUGACUUUUAAGCCCAUUGGAACUGAAAAGACUUGUCAAACUGGAGCAUUACAUUAAAUUAGAUGUGGAAGAAGCAAACUCGUAUGAUGAUAUUGUCUCUUGACAGCACGGACUGAGUAAGGUGGGGCAAAUCCUGUAUUAGAAAGGGCUGGGAGUGAGGCUUUUCUUUGCUAAAACAAGAAAGCCGCUUGCAUUUUCCAUCCUUGAUCUAACUUGUAACCUCUUGGAAGUUUUUACUUGCAGAGAGAAGUCUGCAAGGCAGAGUAGCAUAAACCCUCAUUUCCAUUUAUAAAUCUGGACUAUAAUGAAGCAGACUUACAGGAUAGUUAUCUGAAGAAGCCCAAUAUAAAGUAUCUUUGGUUGACUAGCUAUUUCAGAGCCAGUUUCAUGGUCCAAGAAAUGCAGUGCUAAUAAUCAGGAGGCUCAGCAGCAGGAGUGUUAACUCAUCUUCUCUGUUCUGAAAUGGGGAGAAAACCGAAAAACAAACAUAUAAACAGGGUGCAAGUUUUGUGCUUGUCUGUGUGUGUUUGAAUAAGAUUUUGUAGGCCUAGAAUAGAUGGAGCACAGAGCAAGGCUGGGGCACAAUGUUACCUUCAUAUUCGUAUUUUGUCAUCGUUCACUUUCCAAAACACACCCUUCCUAUUCCCGUCUCCUAAUGUUGGUAGCACCGAUUUAAAAACAACCAAACAAAAGUCAGUGUGGCAGCAGCUUAAUUUCUUGUAUCACCAUAAAUCAGUUCCCCGGAUUAAAAAAGGAAGCGAAAGUUCUUGAGCUGUCUGAACGGCGAUUUAGACACAAACUGGAGAAGACAUUUGCCUUGCUUGAGCAGAUGUAAACUCUGAAUUUCUGAGGCAAGUGAAGCUGCUCUUCUGAGCCACCUGUAAGGUAUAGCCUUGCUGCUAACAGUUACUUGCAGUAUACAAGCAUAUGGAUUAUGUAGAGCAAAUGGAGCUGUCCUCAGACCACAUAUAGUCCCAAGUGUCAAAAACUUCAUUGGGGAUUCUCUUUCCCACACGCAGCUGUUAGCAGCUGCAUUAUCUUCCGUUGAAAUGUCAGGGGGAUGAAAGGCUAGAGUAAGUUAGUUCAAAUUUCACAAUAUUAGUAAGUGAUUUUGGGGAAUGUUAUCCCAGCAGUGUCCUUAUACAGUUAACGUGUGGUCUUUAUUCUUGUGUAGGAAGAAGAAUGUAACAGCUUAGUGUUACCGCAGUCUUCAAGACGCUUCUUGUGAUGCAGGUAGAGCCUUGAUUAGUAGGAAAAUGAGAACAAAUUUAAUAUUGGUUUUCUUUAUAAUUUUAUUUCCCAAUGGCAAGUGUAAUAUCGUGCUGUGGAAACUCUUUGAACACUAUGGUAAGCAAAGAGGGCAGCUUUUUCUGAAACUUCCCAACAAAAAGAACACAUGGGAAUGUGGAUUUGUCUGCAUCAGGAGCAUCCCAGUCAUUUUAAGCUUAAAAUAUAUUACUAUAAUAAUCAAAAUUGGAUGCCUAUAGCUUAGUAACCUAAAUAAUUAGCUCAUCUUUCCCAGGCAAUCUUUGCAAUUUCAGUGAGUUUGUGUAUGGUUUUAGUGCAAAUCACCAGGUAUUCAGCAUUUGGAGAAGUUUAGGUAUCUGGCUGCAUCCAGCAAGCUGGGUGUCUUUGGACAACUGAUUCUUAGAUCUAGAAUUUUGAGGGAAACCAACUAUCAACUUCAAUUUUAAAAAUACAGUCUUGGGAAAAAUGGUAGCAACAGGUGGUGCAGUGUCUCUUUAAAUAAAAAGCAUUAGAGAUGAUGGAAUUAUAUUUGAAAAGUAUAUGGGAAAAUAUAUCUGUAAGAAAAAAAUCUUGUGGAGUAUUUGAUGUUUAAGAAAUUCUUUGCUUCUUUGUAAUGUUAAAAGGAUUUUUAUUAAUAAUUCUGUGGCAGACAGUACUCGCAAGUCUUUGGCAUCCAAACCAGAUUGUAUAUUGGAUGGAUCCCACAACUGGAUGUGUGCACUGACCUCGUUAUUUCUGGAUUAAAAAAAACCAACUCGGUAGCAGCAUUUUCUAAAUGUAUAAAGCAACCUGAGACAGAAGAGAGCAAACCCUGUUCUGUCACCGCCUCCGCGCAGUUUACCAUUGGUACCUUUAAUCUGCAGCCUCUCCAAAGUGAAGCUGCCGUAACGUGGGCAAAUUGAACACGUCAAAUGACUUCCAUUUUUUCCUAAUUUUAAGGACAUCCCAUUACUCCUUUGGCCUCUGCUUGCUGUGUGAGCAGCCUCUAUGCCAAGAGAAGCUUUUCUUGAAGCCAGCUUAACGACUGUGCUGUAGCUUCAUCAUUUUUUCCCUGUUUUCUAUGACUGGUAGCAUCGUGUCGAGCUCUUUCCCCAUUGUAUUUGUUGCGAUGGGGAGGAAGAGGUGAGGCAAGGCACAUGUGGGAGGAGGGAGAAAGAGUUGUGGAAGCUUCUAGAUGGCAGCUCCCACCCCCUCUUUAAAACCAUCAACUUCCAGUUGUGGGAUUUCUCUAUAGAUGACCUUUUUUCCUCUUUUUUUGUAAGCCUAGUUUUCUUUGAUCUUGGUAGUUCCAUAAAAGUCUCCCCGAGACAUUCUGCAGUCAUUAUCACCUUUUUGGGUGGAGUUUAUUUUAUUUUUUUGGUUUGUUUGGUUUUUUAAAUAACUUUUUAACAUUGGUGCAUAUAUGCUUGGGAUAGAGCUCAUGUAAUUUUCCAAUCGUAUUGAUUGUAUGUGAUUGUGCCCUGCAGAGGUAUAUGUAACAAAAAAUAAAAUAAAAAGGAUAGUCUAGGCAAUAAAGGAGACCAUGAGAUUUGUUGAGUCAGGUUAUCAACUACUUCUUGACUUUAUUUAGGAUCCUGGCUAAAUGAAAUACCCUGUCUACUGUUCUCAUAAGUCAAUGCUAAACAAAAUGUCAUGGAUUCUCCCUGUUGAGCUAGUGUUUUUCUUGCUUUUCUUCUCAUUCUGCUGUUUUCUUCCUUCCCUGCUUCUCUUCCCUGUCUAAAACAAACCCAACAUUUCUUGAACCUUUAUGAGAAUGGCUGACUCUGGGUUGGUAUUGUGAAUAUUUAUUGUUUGUAACUAUGAGAACAUUUUAAAUAGGAAUAGAGAUUAAGUAGAAUGUAUUAUAAGAAUUCCAUAAACUGAAUUCUUGGCAAGUUCAGGGGAAUUUUGAAGUCUUGUACAUACAGGCCUGGUCACGGGGGAGACGUUCAGAGGCACACAAGGCAUUGAGGUGCCUUUCCUGGGAAGGUUAGAUGCUUUACUACCUUUUGGAAAAACUCCGAGAUGACAAAAGGGGUAGAAGAGACAUUUCCCUAUGUCCGACUCCUUGUGUCUUUAUUCCCACAAUAUACCUUUUAAACUUGAAGGGCAAGCCUAGAUGCGCUGAACUGGAACGGAAUGGAUUGAAGGAGGCAAAGGGCAAGAGAUCUGGAAGUCAAUAUUUGUCUCCUUUGUUUCUCAAGGAAAUGGAGACCUGUUGUGUAUGCAUGGUGGUUAUAUAGAAAAAGCCAUAUAUUGAAAUGCUAUGUCUUCUUCCCUCUUCACCUUGCUUUUCUCCCUUUUAAAGCUGACUCAGCCUCACCUUGCUUCCACAUAGUGUCUAAGGCUCCGCUGAGUUGCAGAUUCAACAAAAAAAUAAUGAGUGGAACGGUGGUGAUUCAAUAUUUGGUUUGUAAAUAGAUUGAAGUGUCUACAAGGUCUUAACCUGCUUUUCUGUCAGCAUUUAUAUUAAAUGAUAAAUUAAUGGAGAA